GUCCCAUUCUUUUAAAAGAAAAUAAAUAGAAUUAGAGGAAUAAUACAUGAUUGGACAUCAGGAGCCAUGGUUUUAAAGUUACAACCUCAUUACCCCUCAUAUUGAGGCUGUAUAACCUUAAACCCACAAACAGAAGGUUGGGCUGGGAUGAAAUGUUCUUGUUUUCCCAUGUGCACUGAGGCGUGAUUUUCAAGGUAAAUGUUCUUUUUCCAACAUGGAAUAGGUCUUUGUUGUUUGCCAAGAGGUAAAGAGGCGGAAAAGUGAGGAGGAUCUGAACUGGUUUCCAUGUCAAACACUUCAAUUCACCAUAGAAACCCAGAUCUUAACGUGGAAACUUUAUUAAACUGUGAUGGUGGAUUGAUAAGGGCCGAAUUUCUAUCGGCCUCUUUUUAUUGUGGGCACCAGGCGGGCUGACAGAGGUAAAUUGCUCUUUUAAUUAAAGCAAUGCACCAGGGGAAAUUGCUGUCUGAAUAUUGUCUCAGAGAUGGGGGCCAGUGACAGUUGCCUGGAAACUUCAAUCUGUCCCCCGCAUUUAUUCCAGAUCACAGUUAUGAGAUAAACUUUAAUAAAAAUCGUUUCCUCCGCCGCCAACGAAAUGAAAUCCAACCCUUUCUGAACAAGGGAACACAAUGAGGCAGGACUGCGGAGGAAACCUCAUGUUCAGCAUGUAUCUCUCAGAUCCAACAGAAAAUCUGUUGAAAGAAAGCAAAGGGACAUCAUGGGGCCCUAUAAAUACAGGAGUACAAAAAGGCAGCGGACAGAUCCAGCUGUGGCAGUUCCUGCUCGAGCUGCUCUCUGACAGCUCCAACAUGUCGUGCAUCGCCUGGGAAGGAACCAACGGUGAGUUCAAGCUCAUCGACCCGGACGAGGUGGCCCGGCGCUGGGGGGAACGCAAGAGUAAACCCAACAUGAACUACGACAAGCUGAGCCGGGCGCUGCGCUACUACUACGACAAGAACAUCAUGACCAAAGUCCACGGCAAGAGAUACGCGUAUAAAUUCGAUUUCCACGGCUUGGCGCAGGUGUGCCAGCCGUCCACGACGGAACAGGCCAUCUAUAAGUUUCAGGGUAACUUCUCCCCGAUUCCGUUCCCCGGGAUUUCAAAACUGAACCUCAUGGCUCCCGGCGUGGGGCCGUCGGGUUUCUCCUACUGGCCCGGAUCCCCAACCACGGCUCUGUACCACAGCCACAACCUGCAGCCUCCGGGGGCCUUCGGCACCGUGUCCCCGUCCCACAUCAGCUGCGUCAACAACAUCAACAGCCUGAGCAACGUCAGCAGCCACUACAACUGACUAUUAACGCACUGUUUUAGGCGUGGAAUUGAAGCGCCGACGUGCGCCACGAACGAGAGGAUAGGUGACACACGCGGGUGGAGGAAGACCGAAGGGGAAAAUACGGUCCACACGCAAACCCACCCAAAUUUUCUUAUAAAUAAAUAAAUAACAUACAAAUAACGAAUUUUGCUCUUAAUGUAUAAUUGGCCCCUGAGGCUGAAACGACACACGUGUGUGUACUUAGAUAGUUUUAACCUGCGGGCCAAGCUUGGCCACCUAAUUUUAACUGGCAAUUAUUAUUAUUCUAAUCAUAAUAAUGCAGAUUAAGACUGGUUUACGUAAUCCCAGGGGCCGCUGUAUUACAAAUUACGCGCUCCGUGCGCUUCAUCAAUCGAUUAAAAUUGAAUCCACAGCUCAGAAUUGCGUAAAUUAAUAAAUAAUACGGGCAGUUUUUUUCCUCAAAUGAGCAAAUGACAGAUUAUUAUGUUUAACAGGGAUAGUAUUGGACACAACCAGUACGUUUUCACUGACCAUCCUUUGGUUCUCGUCACUUCGUUCUUCCAGAGUUCUGGUUUCUGUGUUUGCUCCAAUAACCAGCGAUUACUGGACUACAGGCGCCAUCUCGUGGUAGUUUGCACUCAAUGCCUACCAGACUUUCACAAACUAGAGACAGCAAUCAAGAGAGCGUAAACCUGCCAGUAUAUACUCUAAAAUAAUCAAAUCAUUACUUUCUUGGUUCCAACAUUCCCAGCAAACAUCACUCUCCUUUAUGAGUUAUUAUUGUUGUUCUCAGGCAAACGAAAAUCAUACAUCACCUUAAAAGAUGAGUUAACUUUGUCAUAAAAUAAAGCCAAUUCACUUGCAAUAAAAUAAUCAAAUCAAAUAAACUGUUUGAGAAAAUAGGUAGAGGUGAGAUGUGUGUGUCAUAUAGCUCUGACGUUCCAGAAAAUGUGAAUACUCUGUAAAUACUGUAGGGCACAUGAUAAGCUCAGGCUGUUGCUUGUUUUUUGUGUGUGAGUUUGGAGUGAAUUAUAUAGUGCAUUCACUCACAAGAGAUCAUAAACUGACUGUACCAAUGGAAAAAUUAAGUAAAUAAAAACAUUUAAAAAAAAA